AUGGCGUCGGCGGUAGACACGGACGCGCAGCGAGCGCCCGGCGGCAGCGACCUGGUCGCCGAGACACCGGCCCCUGCCAGCGGCACACCUGCUGCACCGGCGCAGCCUACCGGCACCACCGCAACAACCACCGGCAGCGGCAGCGGCCAUGGCGACGGCGGCCAGGACGACGACGACGACGACGGGCACCUCGCGUCGUCGAUGAUGUCCCUGACGUCGGUCACGUCGCCGCCGUACUGGCUCAACUCGGGCGUCCACCAGCACCAGCGCAGCGCCUCGAGCCUGUCGGCCGACUCGCUGCCCGCCGGGGCCAUCACGCUGCGCGACAACGACACGAGCGAGCACAACGACCGCAACGACGCCUGCUGGGCCAAGAGCGUCGAGAUUGUCGACUAUACCGUCGUCAACGGCAGCGCGACCAACAUCGGCGCCUUUGUCGUGUGGAUCGUGCGUGUCGAGACGCUCAACGGCAGCUACAUGAACAUCCGGAAGCGCUACUCCGAGUUUGACGACCUGCGUCGGCGGCUCAUGCAGUCGUUUCCGGGCUUUGGUGCCGCGGUCCCGGAGCUGCCGCCCAAGAGCGUCAUCUCCAAGUUCCGGCCCAGGUUUCUCGAGAAGCGGCGGGCGGGCCUGCAGUACUUUCUCAAUUGCAUCAUGCUGAACCCCGAGUUUUCGGGCUCACCGGUCCUCAAGGAGUUUUUGUUCUCAUAA